AUGGCCAUUUCAGAAGCUGCAGUCAUUGGCAAAGAAACCUAUCGCACUUUGAAGCUUCAGGGUAAUAUCCAAGGCACUGAUCUUUUAAUCCUUGUUGAUUCUGGGAGUUCCCACUCUUUUAUUAGUACAACUGUUGCUUCUGCUUUGCAUGGAAUUAGUUCAGUGCUUCACCCAUUGAAGGUGCAGGUGGCCAAUGGCAGUGUACUUGAGUGUCAACAAGAACUGGUCAACACUGAGUGGGCUAUUCAGGGUUUUGUCUUUCAUUCCACCCUUAAGGUUUUACCAUUGAUAACAUAUGAUCUUAUUCUUGGUAUGGAUUGGUUGGAGGAAUUCUCACCUAUGAAAAUACAUUGGAGUCAAAAAUGGUUAUCUAUAUGUUAUCAUGGAAAUCCUAUUAUUCUGCAAGGCUUGGUUACUGAAUUCCCCACUUGCACUCUCAUUGAGCUGGCUCAAAUUACUGCAGAAACUGAUAAAAUCCUGGACACACCUAUUCCUGCAGUUAUUCAGUCAGUUCUGUCUAAAUUUGAGUCAGUAUUUGUAGAACCCUCUGGUUUAACUCCUCCGCGUGCUUGUGAUCACCACAUUCCCUUGAUACCUGGUGCUAGACCUAUCCAAAUUAGGCCAUAUAGAUAUGCACCUGUCCUCAAGGAUGAAAUUGAAAAACAGAUAACUGAAAUGCUGCAAUCAGGAGUUAUUCAGCCAAGCUCUAGUGCCUUUUCAUCUCCUGUUCUAUUGGUGAAAAAGAAGGAUGGAACAUGGCGUUUUGUGUUGAUUACCGACAUCUUAAUGCUAUGA